UUAUAUAUACUCCACACCAUUUGUCCACCAACAACAAUACACCACUAAGGUCAACAGCUAGGAAACCACACUAGAGUCUAGAGCAGAAAAAAAUAGAAAGGGAAAAAAAGGGAAAAAAGAAAAAGAGAUAGAGAGCGAUUGAUUUUUAAUAAUUUGCUAUUUAUUUUCAUCCCCCAUUUUGUUUUAUUCUUAUUUUGGUAGUCGCCAAAUUUCUCCUUCUCUCCAUUUAUUGUUUGUGCUAUAAAAGUCGUAACUGGAUUUUGCUAUUGAUUUUGUUUCGAAUAAACUUUUAAAGGAGAGAAAUAAAUAAUGGAAAUGGAGGGAGGAACUCAGCCCUCGGACACCGUGAUGACGGAGGCGGGGGCGGCGCCACCACAACCGCCUCAAGCUCAACAGCAACAGCAGCAGCAGGCGUACGCCGCGGCGGCGGGGGUGGAGAAUGUCCCGGCGGUUCUCAGCCACGGCGGACGGUUUAUUCAGUAUAAUAUCUUCGGAAAUAUCUUUGAGGUCACUGCUAAAUACAAGCCCCCAAUUAUGCCUAUUGGUAAAGGCGCCUACGGCAUCGUCUGCUCGGCGUUGAAUUCGGAGACCACUGAGCAUGUGGCGCUGAAGAAGAUUGCGAAUGCUUUUGAUAACAGGAUCGAUGCGAAGAGGACUUUGCGAGAGAUCAAGCUUCUUCGCCAUAUGGAUCAUGAAAACGUUGUUGCAAUUAGAGAUAUAAUUCCACCACCUCAGAGGGAAGCAUUUAAUGAUGUUUACAUUGCUUAUGAACUUAUGGAUACUGAUCUCCAUCAGAUUAUUCGUUCUAAUCAGGCACUAUCAGAGGAGCAUUGUCAGUAUUUCUUGUAUCAGAUCCUCCGCGGGUUAAAAUAUAUCCAUUCUGCAAAUGUUCUUCAUAGAGACUUGAAGCCUAGCAAUCUCCUCUUAAAUGCCAAUUGUGAUCUAAAAAUAUGCGAUUUUGGAUUGGCUCGUGUAACAUCCGAAACGGAUUUUAUGACGGAAUAUGUUGUUACAAGAUGGUAUCGAGCACCAGAAUUAUUGUUGAAUUCUUCUGAUUAUACAACCGCAAUUGAUGUAUGGUCUGUGGGUUGUAUAUUCAUGGAAUUGAUGGAUCGGAAGCCUUUGUUUCCUGGUAGAGAUCAUGUGCAUCAGCUGCGUCUUCUUAUGGAGUUAAUUGGCACUCCGUCAGAGGCUGAUCUGGGGUUUUUGAAUGAAAAUGCAAAAAGAUACAUCAGGCAACUUCCUCUUUAUCGUCGGCAGUCGUUUGGCGAGAAGUUUCCCCAUGUGCACCCUGCUGCUAUUGACCUUGUAGAGAAAAUGCUGACAUUUGAUCCUAGACAGAGGAUUACUGUUGAAGAUGCACUGGCACACCCAUAUCUAACAUCACUCCAUGACAUCAGUGAUGAACCUAUUUGCAUGACUCCUUUUAGCUUCGAUUUUGAGCAGCAUGCCUUGACUGAGGAACAGAUGAAGGAGUUGAUUUAUCGAGAGGCUCUUGCAUUCAAUCCAGAAUAUCAGCAAAUGUGAGACUUGUUUGCUGUCAAAUUGUUGUUGAGUUAAUUAGUGUGAUUUGAACGUUGUGAUAAUUUGUACUCUACUUUUUCUCCUUUAAUGUAUAUAUUAUCCAUCCAAAACCUGGAUGGAUUUGCUAUUGAAGACAUUGGAUCGGGGGCAUAGGUUGAAACCAUUGUCAUGUUGUUGUAAGGGUUGCUUUUCCUUCCUGUACUACUAGUUGAAGUCAAAUUUCUAAUGUACGAAAAUCUCUAAUUAUGACCUUUU